AUGGCUCCUCUAACGCUCUCUGUUGAUGCAAAGAGCUCUUCAGCUAGUGCUCCUGAUCUUUCGAAUAGGAUAAUGCAGAGCCCACAGCUCAAAUUGAGCAAAGGCUUUGCAUCUGUCAAUACGCAAGAAGACAAACCCUUUGAUUUCUUCCGCACUCUCUUCGAGGGAUUUAUAGCAGGAGGUACAGCUGGGGUUGUAGUUGAAACAGCUUUAUACCCGAUUGAUACAAUAAAGACUAGACUUCAGGCAGCUCGUGGAGGUGGGAAGAUUGUUUUGAAGGGUCUUUAUUCAGGAUUAGCUGGAAACAUCGCUGGUGUCUUACCUGCUUCGGCUUUAUUUGUUGGAGUUUACGAACCAACAAAGCAGAAACUGCUGAAGACCUUUCCUGAUCAUUUAAGUGCAGUUGCUCACUUGACUGCAGGGGCCAUUGGUGGACUUGCUGCCUCUCUGAUUCGAGUUCCUACAGAGGUUGUGAAGCAAAGAAUGCAGACUGGACAAUUUACAUCAGCCCCCAACGCUGUUCGAAUGAUUGCAUCUAAAGAGGGAUUUAGGGGUCUCUAUGCAGGAUAUCGAUCCUUCCUGUUACGAGACUUGCCAUUUGAUGCUAUUCAGUUCUGCAUAUAUGAGCAGCUAUGCUUGGGGUAUAAAAAAGCAGCGCGUAGAGAGCUAAGUGAUCCUGAGAACGCUCUAAUUGGUGCAUUUGCUGGUGCUCUGACCGGAGCAGUCACCACUCCGCUUGAUGUUAUAAAAACAAGAUUAAUGGUUCAGGGAUCAGCCAAACAAUAUCAAGGAAUCGUUGACUGUGUUCAAACUAUUGUUAGAGAGGAAGGAGCUCCUGCUCUCUUGAAGGGUAUCGGACCAAGAGUGUUGUGGAUAGGUAUUGGAGGUUCGAUAUUCUUUGGUGUUCUCGAGAGCACCAAGAGGACACUUGCGCAGAGACGUCCCAAGAUGGUUAAAGAGUCGAAAGAAGAAUAA